ACCUGAAAUUCUUGAAAUCUGGCUGGAGGAGUCUGCCGAAGACUUUCGUCAAGUUCCAACUUACUCUUGUCUCCGGAAGGUACUUUCCUACUUGAACCAGACAGUGCCAGGGUCAGAUGCUGAAGAACGGGCCCAGAAACUCCUGAGUCGUUUUUUGGCGGAGGAAGCAGCGGAGAAAGAGAUGUUCAAAGGCUACCGUAGAAGAGUCAGAUUCUGUGUGGGAGAAGAACACGACCAAACCAUCGAACAAGUUGACGAAAAGCUCCUGUCCUACCCAUCACGCUUCAUUGCAGAGCAGCUGACUUUUAUGGAUGCUGAUCUUUUUCGGAAACUUGUGCCCAGCCAAUGUUUAGGGUCCAUCUGGUCUCAACGAGGGAAGGAAGAAAAACACCAUCUGGUAUCAACCGUCCAGGCCACCAUUACACAGUUCAAUAAUGUUACAAAAUGUGUCACCAGCACCAUAUUAAGACCUCAACAGCUGAAACCACGGCAGACGGCUAAAAUCAUUGAGAAAUGGAUUGAUGUUGCCCAGGAAUGUCGGAUCUUGCAGAAUUUCUCGUCAGCGCAUGCAAUUACUACGGCAUUGCAAUCAAAUAGUGUGUUCAAUUUGAAGAAGACUUGGGCAGCCGUGUCAAAGAGCAGUAAGAUAACAUUUGAAGACCUUUCAAACAAUGAAGAAGAUAACUUUAUAGCAAGUAGAGAGCUGCUAAUGGUGGAUAUAGUUCAGGGAAUUGUGCCGUACCUGGGAACUUUCUUAACAGAGUUUUCAGUGCUGGAUUCAGCUUUCCCUAAUUACCAUUCAAAUGGCUGGAUCAACUUUGACAAGAGACAAAAACUCCUCUGAACUCGAGAAACCGCCAAAGCCCAAAAAGAGUGUGUUGAAGCGCCUCAGCUGCCUGUUUUCAAGGAGAGGUGUUAAAGUACACAGCGCUCCAACUAAAAGCUCUGAGCAGCCAGCAUCCCUUCGGAAUGAGGAUUCAGACGAGAGCAUUACCUCAGCCAGACACUUGGAAAUGGAAGAGCCAAGCACCUCGCAAAAAGCGCUGGAAAAGUCAAGAGGACACAAGGGUACUCAGUGAUACCGUCCCAGCCACUGGA